AUGGAGAAGCUCGCCUCUUGGUGGUUUGUGGCGCUAAUUUUUGAAUUUAUGAAAUGUAUCUUAUUAAUGCAGCUUGGGAGCACUUCACAUGUGGAAAUUCAGGGUCAUAGAAGUCCUCGACAGCGUUGCAAGCUUUUGGGCUCCCGUUUUGAUUACGGUCUUACUUUCGUUCUUCUUCGUUGCGAUCUUCGAGAAGAUCAUCUUCCCAAAUUUCUACGAAUUUUUCAGUUAGUAUUGCUAUUCGUAUUUUUAGUCUGUUCCCCCCUUGGGCCAAGGCUACAAAAUCUUUCGCGUCAAUGUCUUCUAUCUAAAAGAUAGAAAAAGAAGUCAAAACAUGCAGUUUUAUCAACGGUUCAUCGUCAUCUGGAGAUGAAAAAUUGACGCGAAAUAUAUAGUAUGUUCAGAUUUCAAAUGUCAAGUCCUCCCUCAAGCUCCGCCCCCUAUGGCGCGAUAAACCAAUCAGAGAGCGGGCCAUCCACAGAGCGUUUUCGAAUGACGUCAUUCUACUUGAUAUUCAAAAUCUGAACGGACUAAAUUGUAGCCUUGAGUAAGCUAUAGUCUGUGUGCCACGACUUGAAGUUUCACCCGACGACAUUCCGCUGUUCCGCUGCGUCGCAAAGCGUCUUUGCGAGCCUCGGUCCCGCUUUGAAUUGGUUCUCAUUUCUGAUAGAUGGACGUUCUCACUAUGAACACGUGUUGGUCGAGUUCUUCAAUAAAAUGAAAAAAUAAAGGCGCGCAGCGGAACAGCGGAAUGUCGUUCGGUAAAAUUCCAAGUCGUGGUACACAGACUAUACUUGACAUUCAAAACCUGGACAAACCAUACCAAAUCAAUUUUUGCAUGAAGUCAUGAUGGUAUUUUGAUUAUUGCAUAACUUGGUUCAGAAAGAUGGUUCGGCCUGAAAGACGCGGCGAAAGAAAUGAAGUCUGUUUUGGAGGAUUCUUACGAGGAUCUUUGGCAAGAGUCUGAAUUCUGCGUUGCUUUUCUCGCCGUCAGUUUUUUUUUAUCGUGCUUUACUUUUAUUUCGAGUUGAAAAUCUUCUUAUCAAAAAAAAGAGUUUAGGCAGAAGGGAGCGUGUUUUUUGUACGGUCUUAAUGAAAAUUAAUAGCUUUUGAAGCUUAAUAAGCUUAAACGGCUUCAAAUUGAUCAAUGUUCAUGUUCUCAAAACCCUUAUAAAUAACGUCAUACUCCAUCCGUCACGGCUUGAAAAAAAUUAUCCAGCAAGAAAAUUCUUCUAGUCUUCGUUUGAACUUUUGAACUUUAAAUAAAUUAAAUUGGCGGAAACAUACUUUAGGACCUCCUAGUUUCAAAACGGAAAAAAUUUCUCGCAAUAGGUCUUGCUUCCGAAUUAUCACCUUGUUGUGGAAACAUGAGGUAGACUUCAGCUUAGUUCGAUCAAAUGUGUGACUGGGGGCUCAACGAAGAACUUGUAAGGAAAUUGUUGGUCAUAUGAAUCGUGGAAGUUGAAUUUUUUUUCUUGCCUUUUUGAAGGCCAAAUGUGAGCUCAGGUGAUAGCUAAGUCUCGCAACAGAUCUCUUUUUCGAGUUUAGACGCUUCAAAAGUUUUGAAAAAAAUUCCCCAGUAAGUAAAAAAAAUGAUCGAUGAGACUCAUUAUGCAAGAAGUUAGAAAACUGAACAGAAGAAGCUUCAGUUGCACGACGAGAUGCAGCGUCUUCUGGCGGUGGCCACGAGCGACGUCAACGGAAAGCCUUGCAAGGGCCGCAACAAGAACAGCUUCCGUCGAAUUUGA